AAUGCCUGGAUCCUCCAGCACGCAGAGCCUGGCGCUCCUCCUUGCCCUCGCAGCGCUGGGCGGGGCAGCCGUGACCGAGCGCGGGCGGGGGUCAAGUCAGGCCUCCCGGAGGGAGGAGCCGAUCGUCCUCCCGCCCAUAACGGACGAAGGGGUCGAGGCCGCCCUCCUCAUCAUCCCCGGCGCCUUCAUCAACGGCGAGUUCUACCAGCCUCUCGGCGAGGCCAUUCAAGCGGCCUCUUCUCUCAAACUAUGGGUCGCCCUCGUCCGCCCCUUCCUCUUCGACCUUCCGAAUCCCAGUGACCUGAUUCCAGACCUUGAUAAUACGUUGCAGACUAUGCGCGACCUUGGGAUGACCACCGACCAGAUUUUCCUUGGGGGUCAUUCUCUCGGAGGCGUUAUUCUACAAGACGCCCAGUGGACGGAGGAGAACGGCGUGAAGGGAUGGGUGCUUAUGGCGUCCUAUUUGCCCGCCGGUGCCCUGGCCAACAUUUCCCUUCCCGUUAUGCACAUCAGCGGGGAUCUCGAUGGACAGGACAGGGUUACUCACGUGAUGAUGACCUUCGAUGAGCUGGAAGACACACUGGAGGAGAACCCAGCCAACGUGUAUACUAAGCCCGUGGUUGUUUUGGAGGACGUCAACCACAUGCACUUCGGGUCUGGGGAACCUCCUGCCGCAGUGGCCGCCAUGGACAUCCUCUCUCCAAUGUCGCAGGAUGAUGCCCAAGCUUUAAUCGCCAGUCACGUAUCAGCUUUCUUGACUAUAGUAACGGGGCAGCCGGAAGCCAAUGUGCCGGAAGCGCAGCAAAUCCUCGACGUGGCCCAUGUGUCCACCUCAAUUAUAAUAAAGCCUCUUCAAUACCUGACGGCGGUGACAGAGGGUGACGGGCUGAGGUCAGAAUGGAGCGAAAGGGGUCAGUGGUUCAUGUCGACCGUGGCGGAAGAGGAUCGUGGAUCCAUGAUGAUAAUGGACACGAUCUACCCAACGACCUCCGAGCUGGCUUCCUCCAAACCCAGCAUCGUCCUGGAUGGCCUCGUCGCCAACGUCACCACCUGCACCCACGUCUACUCCCCUACGAUCGCCGAGGGUAUUGAUGGCCUACUGACGGCGUCGCAAAUGGCCGUCAAGUUCAAGAGCCGCGAGGCAGUGAUGGAGGUUCUGUCGCCUCUCGGGGUUCAUUUCAAGGACGAGAUUUCGUGCAAGGAAGUCAACGAGGCGGCGUUCCAACUGGCCCUCGACUCCGCGUCAGAUAUCGCCCGCCAGAGGUUCUCAUCCCGAGGGCGACCCGUCGUAUUCCACGCGGACGACGUCAAACUCACGGGCUCAGGCUGGCUCGGGGCUCAUCUCGGCUACAACGACACAGAUACUGGCCUCGAGAUAACCUCGCCCUCUCUCCCUACUGCCGUGGACGUGGGAUUUGGCUUGGGCGGGAUGCACUACUGCAAGCUGCUCGCUCCUUCACGCGCCCUCGAGUACAUCAUGGUCGAUAGCCUUAGGGGAACACAACCAUAGGCCUAUCCGAUAAUUCAGGGAUCGGCCUGUACUCAGCCAUAGGCCUGUGUGGAAAUUCAAACCAUAGGCCUAUGCAAAGGUUCAAUUGUAAGCUUGAUAGUAUUUUCGAGGUGUUGCGGGGGACGCCAUGUGCUGAUAUUGUUAAGUUAUUAAUCUAUUUAUAUUUU